CACUUUAUUAUAAGGACCUAAAAAAAAGUGGUCGAGUGAACGAGGCUGAAAGGGAGAAAAAAAAAACCCGGAAUCCUUCCCACUCUCCAAAAAAAUCACGGGGAGUGACUGUGACAGAGGGAAGGCGACAGAGAGCGAGAGAACGAUAGAGGAGGGAGGGAGUGAGAAAGGAGGAGAAGAAGCCCUCACAGAACUUUAUCACACUUGUUGAAUGAUAGCGCGGAUCUGGACUCAUAAUCACCAGCUUUGACCAGUUUAGCGGAGUGAGAACGUCUUUGGAGGAGCAUGCGGCUGAGUUUACUUUCCAGGCUCUGUGUGCUGUGGGGCUUUGUGGUGGUCACGACCUCUGUGACCAAGGCUGCCAAACGGAAGGUGGUAGGUCGACAGUCUCGGCAGGUGUUUGAGGAGGAGCCAGCAGAGGGGGUGUGGUCUGUGUGGGGGGAGUGGUCAGAAUGCUCUCAGACGUGCGGUGUUGGAAUCUCAGAGAGGAGCAGGAAGUGUAUACCUCCUCCUCCACAGACUCCUCUCCUCUCUCAUUCUCCUCCUAACUGGGCAGGGUAUCUACCCGGGGGCAUCGGAGCACCUGUCCUUUCUCCUGUGUACCCCUAUGUCCCUCCUCGUUACCCCGGGCAACACCAGCCUUAUCACUCCCCGCCAAUUGCCACCAAUCACAAUCCAGGAUUGCCUCUGUAUCGGAAUACCCACUCAGGAGGCGGGGGAUCGGCUGCUCCCGGACAAGUCGAUCCAUCGCCUCCUUUUUUUCAGCAGGAAUUCUCCCCGACCAAUCAGGAGCGUGUGUCAGUUUACCGAUCCCCCUAUCACACUCCUUCACAGAGCUACUCCCCACAGGCGCGGAUCGCCAGGAGGCCAACCACUCCAGGAGCAGCGGUGCGAGGCGGAGGGAGCGGGAGCAGAAGAUCGGUCGCCGCCAAUCGGGAGUCUUUGCCAGCGAGGAGGCCGUCCGCCAUUCGUCCAGGUCAGUUUGGUUAUGGCAGAGUGCCUUUCUCUUUACCUCUGCACCGCCCAAACCGUCAGGCUCGGCACACGGCUAAUGGCACCGCCGCUACGCCGCUAACGAGUGGACUGUCUGUGAGUGAAGAUGAGUCGGAGAACAACAGGAGGGAGGAAGAGUGGGGGAGCGACGCAGAAGACAGACAGGUGGUGAGAAGAGAGGAGGGGGAGAGCACAAAGUCACCUGCUGCUGAGGAGGUGCCCACAACGACCACGACGCCUGGCAGACCUCACCACCGUUAUAUCAACAGACUUCCACACUCACGCACAGAGCAUGUGAGACCGUCCUCUCACUCCUACUCACGCUCCUCAUCACCAUCUGUACUCGGCCGCCAACGCUUUGACUGGCACUCCGUUACGGCUCCGCCUCCACCCGUCUCUCCUCUCUCACGGCCAAACUCUCCAGCCAUUGCUUCGCCUUUUUCCCCUCCUCUCCACCGCUCCAGCCCUGUGCACAGAGAGAGGGAGCUACACCCAGGCUUCAGCCCGCAGGCUCCACCCGCCGCAGGGAACAUCUACCCAUUACAGCAUCCUCACAUCCCGCACCUGGGGGGGGACUCAGGCAGGCAGAGGGGAAGAGCAGCUCCUCAGGUCGUCAGAUGUUCUGGCCCAGAGAAGGAGUACCGCAGGUGCUUCUCACAGGUGUGUGCCGGAGGAACGCUGGACUCCAGAGCAGAGCAGUGUGCAGCAUUUAACACUCAGGAGUUCAUGGGUCGCCUCUACAACUGGGAACCUUUCACUGAGGUUGGUGCAGACAAACAAUGCGAGCUAACAUGCCGACCUGCCAGCUAUCGAUUCUACGUUCGUCAGGCCGAGCGUGUCAGAGACGGGACUCCCUGCUUCAACGUCAGCGCAAAUGACGUGUGUGUCGAAGGACGAUGUCUGACGGAGGGAUGCGAUGGUGUACUGGGCACCGGCUCUGUGAUUGACAAGUGCGGAGUGUGUGGUGGGCGGGACACGUCCUGUCGAAAGGUGACAGGGAGCUUCCAAAAUACCACAGUUCCCCUUGGUUACCACAAGAUUCUGGACAUCCCACCUGGAGCUACAUUCAUUAACAUCACGGAGAAUAGAGCAAGUCCCAACUAUCUGGCCAUGAGGAGUGGAACAGGAGCUUCAGUCGUGAACGGGCGUUGGGCUGUGGACCCACCAGGAGAGUAUCAGGCAGGGGGGACUACCUUCACCUACACCCGACCUAGAACAAACGUGGAGGGGGAGGAAGAGAAGGGAGAGUCCCUCAAAGCCCCGGGACCUACUACCACACAGCUACAGCUAUAUAUCAUUUUCCACAAAGAGAACCCGGGAAUCGACUACGAGUUUUACAUCCCUUUGGAGAAGAAGGAGGGAGGGAGGGAGAGGGUGAUGGAGCUAGAGAGAGAGCCAGCGAGGGCGCGAGAGCCAGCGAGGGCGCGAGAGCCAGCGAGGGCGCGAGAGCCAGCGAGGGCGCGAGAGCCAGCGAGGGCACCCCUUCGUAGUCCUCUCACUGUGUCAGUAGAAGACUCCCUUCCUGCUCCUCUCCCUGUUUCAGUCCCUUCUUUGUCCUCCUCCUCCUCCUCCUCCUCUUCUGUAUUUUCUUCCCUACCCUCACACCGGUGGACACCUGACAGGGUGCGUGCUCAAGGAUCUGCACCCAAUAGAAAUGCCCGGAUCCCCCCUCGCACUGACCUGCCACUGGACACUCUGCCACCAUUUGUUUGGCAAAAAGGCGACCUCACAGAAUGUUCUGCUACUUGUGGCAAAGGUUCUCAGUAUAGAGAGAUUCUGUGUAUAAACCGUCAUACGAACGAGGAAGUCCCUGACAGGAAAUGUGACUCUGCGGCCAAACCCGUUCCCGAGGAGGAGCCUUGUAACACCAUGCCCUGUCCACCAUUCUGGGAGGCCAGUGCAUGGUCAGAGUGCAGUGUGUCCUGUGGCCGUGGGUUACAGCAGAGGCAGCUCCAGUGCAGGCAGACCUUUGGGAACCGCUCCACCAUGGUUCACCCACAGCGCUGUGCCAGCCUCACCCCACCAGACUCCACACAGGCCUGCCAGCUCCGCCUCUGCUCCCACUGGGAGGUCAGCUCAGACUGGAGCAUGUGCUCAGUGGACUGUGGAGUGGGGCGGAGAAUGAGGAGUGUGCGCUGUGUCACCGAUCAAGGCAGCGUGGUAAACGACAUGGAGUGCAACUCCAGGCUCCGCCCCCAGGGAAGUGAGGAGUGCAACAUGGGCCCCUGUGUCACCAACUGGUACUUCACCGGCUGGUCAAACACUUGUUCGGCACAGUGUGGCCCUGGGGUGCAGAGGAGAGAGGUGCUGUGUCUGACCCGAGGAGGAGUCAGAGAAGGCACAGGAGAAGUGGACUGUGUGGGAGAUAAACCAGCAGACAUGAAGGCCUGUAAUGGAGGCCCAUGUGUGCCAACAGCCAUGUGGUAUAGCAGCCCUUGGACACAGUGUAACGUCCAAUGUGGGAGUGGAACUCAGCGACGAGACAUCAUUUGUGUCCAAAAGUCAGAGAACGACUUUACUGUCGUAGCAGCCACUGAGUGCGCUCAUCUAGACAAGCCAGCUGCCGUCCAGGAGUGUGACAUGGGAGAGUGUCGGCCUCAGUGGUUCACGACGGAGUGGAGCGCGUGCUCACGUUCUUGUGGGAAGGGCUUACAGAUGAGGGAAGUACGGUGUCUCACACCAGACAAAACACACAGCCACGAAUGUGAUCCCAACACCAAACCUGAACAGGAACAAAUGUGCAACACAAUUCCCUGCAGUCCACAAGUCUCAGACGAAAACUGCCGGGACAAACGUCAUAACUGUGUGAUGGUGGUGCAGGCCAGGCUGUGUGUCUACUCCUACUACAAGUCUGUGUGCUGUGCCUCGUGCACCCAGAGUUCUCAGCGUGCCAAAAGGCAAUGAGACAGCCCAGGAGUGCAGAAAAUCAAGGGUUAGGUGAAAAAAAGGGCUGAUGAGUCUGCAGAAAUGGACAGCCCAGAGUAGAUGUGUGAUGGCGUGAGAUAACAUUCAGCUAUUUUCUCCUGAAUCUUCAGGUAAAACACUGUGAAAGUAGCCCAUUCCCUGUGCCUUUACCCCGUAUACAGUUUUACAUUGUCGUAUAUUCCACUGAGCUUGUUUCUGUUCACUUUGUGCAUUCGCUUGAACAGGUUCACUGUGUGUGUCAGUCACACAGGACUGAGUGAAGGCUCUUUUCAAUGGCUGAGAGAUAAUAAUGGAAGGUCCUUCUUGAGGACACAGCUGCUUUUGUUUAGCAUUUUGUUAAGAUUCAUACUUACCUGCAGGAUCCUAAGGCAGAUUUAUUCAGAUGCACAUACCACUAAUUAUGAGCUGAACAAUGUGUGUUCGAUACUAUAGUGUGUUCAAUGUAGUUCUACGUGUGUUGAAGAUCUACUGGAAUAUAUCUACUAUGAUUCUGUAUACUGCAGAAGUCCCCCACAGUGGUAAUUCCCCAACUGAGCUAGAAGGAUUUUACACACAUACUUAUAUACAUAUAUAUAUAUAUAUAUAUAUAUAUGUAUGUAUAUACAUUUUUUUUUUUUUUUCUGUUUGCCAAAAAUAUUUCCUUGAGUGUCCUCUUAUUGUUCAUGUCAGUAUUUGAACAGAAGAACCAAAGGAGUGGGGAGAUGGUGGCAGUAAGUGACCAAAUAUAAGUAUCAGAGCAGAACAAGAAAGAUAUUAGACAGGAAUGUUCAACAAGCAGCUCACGCUCUGUACACUCCUUCAAAACUGUUUGUGUCAAUGUACAUGUUGGUCUUUUUUUAAAGAGAUUUGUUGGGAGUGGCGUUUAAUGGCACCGUUUAUGGUGUGAAGACUCAUGGUUGCAGUUAUAACUAAGCUAAAGAUGGUGCUGCUCAAAACAAAAUGAAAAAAAAAACAUUCUAUUAAUAAGUAAUAAAUUGGUGUUGGUUGAUGGUUGGUUGCUGUAAACUCAACAUCUUGUCAACAAUUCAUGUGAAAAGACCAAAGCCACUAAUGAUCUGUGUGUUAAGAAUUUAUGACUUGCUGACAGUGUCUCUACACUCUUCAUGACCCAAGUCUACUUUUCCUACUGCGGUUUGAAAUGGCAAAUGUAGUGUAGUUUAUUUUAUUUUUUUUAAAAAGAGUUUGUUUGUUUUUUAAUCCGCUGUGUAAUUUAGUCUUACCCAGUGUUACACAGACUGUAGGAGAUGUAGCGUUUGCUUUUUCCACUGUGAAAUAACACAGAUUACUGAGUAUUUAUGUAAACAAAGACAGUUUAUGUGAGGUUUCUAAAUAAACUGUAGUGUUUAUUACAAUGAAGGAGCAUAUCACCCAGAACACUGGGCUCAUUCAUGUUUUUUUAUAUAUAUUUUUCAGACCAGUGUAGCUUCAUUACACAGAGUAUAAUAAGUCAUAAGAGGCUUUGGUUACUCAGGCAGUAGUUGUUAGUAUCAAUUCAUCCUCAGCUUUGGUCUUUUCAUGGGAUUUGCUGACCAUUUGAAAGCAAUGUAUAAUAAUUAACUCCUGACUAACCUUUUUAUUAUUAUUAUUUUAGUAAUCUCACCGUACCAUGACUAUUGGGCUGAGGUCUUUAAGAAAAAAAUCUUAAUGUUCUCCUUGUUUCCUCAGCUCAUUUCAGUAAUACAUCCUUGCCAUCAUCGCCUGCCUUCUUGGCAGGAGAGGAUGAAUCAGUCGUGUGAGAAUAGGAGACACCAGAUUUAAGACUGAGGAAGCUGCUUUUAAUAGGUUAAUGUAUGAUACGGUCCUAAUGCAGCCAUUCUGCUUCAACCUAGAAGUAAAUAUAUUUCAUAUCAAAGUGACAGCCUCUGUAAAUGUGUGUAAGUAAUCUUUAUGCUUUUUGGUGUUUUUACUUGGCUCUCCUUUUUCCCGUUUUCCUUCACCUCCCACCAAGAAAAAAAUACACUUUGCCCACUCAGAGGUGAGGAGGGGUCUGUAUAUUUGUCAGAUAUGUUUUAAUGUCUAUAAUUUCUCUUGGACAUAUUAUAGUUGGUGCUUAUGUCUUAUAACUAAGUCUCUUCAUCAGAAGUUGUAGGCUGCAUUUAUUCACAUCUAACUCUCAUAUAAUGAUUGUAUUUUGCUCUUGACAAGUACAAAUGAAAUGUGUGCGUGUAUGUGUGUGCGUGUGUGUGUGAGAGCGCUCGUGAAUGUUUUGCGACUGAGGCUUUGAAUGUGUCAUUCGUGUCUCUAAACCCUUGUAGUAAAAAAUAACAUUUUAUAUAAAAACAAAAAUUGAAAUGA